AUGAGCCUUAUUAUGGAGGCGCAUUCAGAGCAUCUAUGCUUAAGAAUGAUAAGGUUGAAUGCGGAUGAGAUGGAGGAGCCACUGCUUCACUAUAUGAGCUACGAAAGACUGGUGAAUACAUACGAGAGAUACAAGAGUAUAGGCAUUGUAGCAGAGAUAGCCAAGCGAGUGUUCGUAGAAACAAGGAUAUUGAUGACGAAAGUAUCAACAGCGCAGUGCAUGAAACCAGGGAGAGAGAAGAGAUGGAAAGGAAGUGUGCGGAGGAGGUCAUUAGAAAACUUCCGACUUCGGGGUGGCAUUCAAUGGUAUUCUCACGCAUGCCGGGGCAUGGCGAUUGGAUUGCAGAACUGA